ACCCCCCCCCCCCCCCACCCCCGGGGCCAACCCGGGCCCGGCGGCCGCUGGUCCGCGCCCCGACGGCGCCGGGAGCCGAGGAGCCGCGCUCGGGUCUCCGGGAUGUGCCCUUCUGAGAUGGGGACGCCGUGGCACCGCUGGUCCCCCGUGCUCAUCAGCCUGGCCGCCCUGCUCUCCAAAGUGACCGAGUGCCGCGGGGUCCUGGAGAGUGUCCAGAGGUUCUCCCUGCUGCCCACCUACUUGCCCGUGACCUACCACAUCAAGAACACCGACGUGUCCUUCUUCCUGAAGGAGGCCAACCAGGACAUCAUGAGAAACUCCAGCCUGCAGUCCCGCGUGGAAUCCUUCCUGAUUUACAAAUCCAAGCGGCUGCCCGUCCUGAACGCCAGCUACGGGCCCUUCUCCACCGAGCAGGUGGUGCCCCAGGACUUAAUGCUGCCCUCCAGCCCCUUCGGCUUCACCAGCCAGUUUUCCCUCAACUGGAAGCUGAGGGCGCACAUCGUGCGGGACAAGGUGUACCUGAGCCGCCCCAAGGUGCAGGUGCUUUUCCAUCUGCUGGGCCGGGACUGGGCGGCACGGAGCCCGGGCGAGAGACUGCCCUGCCUGCGGGUGUUCGCCUUCCGGGAGACCCGGGAGGUGCGGGCCGGCUGCCGGCUGCAGGGGGCCCUGGGGCUGUGCGUGGCCGAGCUGGAGCUGCUGGCCGGCUGGUUCGGGCCCCCCACCGUGCUGGCCGGGAGGAAGAAGGCGCCGGGGCCGCCCGAGGGGAGCCCCGUGGAGCUCUACUAUGCCGUGCAGCCGGGGGACGGGCGCGGGGACUGUGCCGGCGGCGGGGACGCCAGGAAGGGCAACUCCAUCCGGCCGGGGAGGGACGGGCCGGAGGAGGCCGUGCCCCGCCUGCAGAGGAUCGGGAGCGUCUUCCUCUACCAGACGGGCAGCAGGCCCGCCCUGAGGGAGCUGCGUCUGGACAGCAACGUGGCCAUCCGGUACUCGGCCCGCACGGCGAGGCAGGGCGAAGUGCUCACCUUCCCUGUGGCCGUGUCCCGAAACUGCAGCGCCGAUCGCUUCACGCUGAGGGCCAAGGUGAAGAAAGGCGUGAGCGUCGUGGGGGUGAGAGCCAGCAGCCCUUCCAUUUGGGAGGUCACGGAGGGCACGGAGCACACUGGCAAGUACGCACCGGCUGUCAUCCUCUGCCAGAAGAAAUCCGCGGGCUCGGAAACCGGUGUGGAUGACGCCUCCGAUGAAGUCAUGCAGGUUGACGUACAGAUAGAGGAGCCCAGUGACCUGCCGGCCACACAGCUUGUCACGUGGCAGGUCGAGUAUCCAGGAGACAUCACGUCUGACUUGGGCGUAUCCAAGAUCUACGUGAGUCCGAAGGACUUGAUGGGCGUCAUACCGCUGGCCAUGGAGGCGGAGAUCCUGAACACGGCCAUCCUCACGGGGAAGACGGUGGCCGUCCCGGUGAAGGUGGUCUCGGUGGAGGAAGACGGCACGGUGACGGAUGUGCUCACGUCUGUGGAGUGCAGGUCGUCCGACGAGGAUGUCAUCAAGGUGUCGGACCGCUGUGACUACGUCUUUGUCAACGGGAAAGAAAUGAAGGGCAAGGUGAACGUGGUGGUGAACUUCACCUACCAGCACCUGAGCAGCCCUCUGGAGAUGACGGUGUGGGUGCCCCGGCUCCCGCUGCAGAUCGAGGUCUCCGACACCGAGCUCAACCAGAUCAAGGGCUGGAGGGUGCCCAUCGUCUCCAACAAACGGCCGGCCCGGGACAGCGAGGAAGAGGAGGAGGACGAGAGGAGAGGGGGCCGUGGGUGCACUCUCCAAUACCAGCACGCCAUGGUGCGGGUCUUGACACAGUUUGUGGCCGAAGCGGCGGACCGCGGGGGGCACCUGGUCCACCUGCUGGGCUCAGACUGGCAGGUGGACAUCACGGAGCUGGUGAAUGACUUCACGCAGGUGGAAGAACCCCGCAUCGCCAGGCUGCAAGGGGGCCAAGUCCUGAUUGGCCAGGAGCUCGGCAUGACCACCAUUCAGAUCCUGUCACCUCUGUCGGACGCCAUCUUGGCAGAAAAGACCAUCUCCGUGCUGGAUGAGAAGGUGACCAUCACAGACCUCGGGGUCCAGCUGGUGACCGGGCUGUCACUCUCCCUGCAGCUCAGCCCAGGGAGCAACAGAGCCGUCUUUGCCACUGCGGUGGCUCAGGACCUGCUUCAGAGGCCCAGACAGGAGGCAGCCAUCAGUUGCUGGGUCCAGUUCAGCGAUGGCUCCAUCACCCCCUUGGAUAUCUACGAUGGGAAGGACUUCUCCUUGAUGACCACGUCCCUGGACGAGAAAGUGGUCUCCAUCCACCAAGACCCCAAAGUCAAGUGGCCGAUCAUCGCCGCUGAAACUGAGGGACAGGGUCCUCUGAUCAAGGUGGAAAUGGUUAUUAGCGAAUCGUGCCAGAAGUCCAAGCGGAAGAGUGUGCUGGCUGUGGGAACGGCCAACGUCAGAGUUAAAUUUGGCCAAAGUGAUGCUAACCCCAACACCAGUGACAGCAGACACACGGGGGCAGGAGUUCACCUAGAAAAUAAUGUCAGUGACAGAAGACCCAAAAAACCCUUGCAAGAGUGGGGGGGUCAGGGGGGACCGUACUACGGGAGUUCCUCCAUGGGCCUCAUGGAAGGAAGGGGGUCCACGACAGAGAGGUCAACCUUCCAGAGAAAGAAGAACCAAGAAAGCCUCCUAGACGAUGGCCGCCAUCUGCAGACCGUCGCCAUUGACUUCACCAGCUUCCCGACCCAGGGGGGCCCGCCCAGCAGCAAUGGGGAGGUGGAUGAGAACGGCCUCACACAGGCAUCCAAAGGGCUGAGCGACUUGGAGAUCGGCAUGUAUGCCCUGUUGGGUGUCUUCUGCCUGGCCAUUUUGGUCUUCCUGAUAAAUUGUGUGGCCUUUGCGUUGAAGUACAGGCACAAACAGGUUCCCUUCAAAGAGCAAGAAGGUAUGAGUCACUCCCAUGACUGGGUUGGGUUGAGCCACCGGUCAGAACUACUGGAGAACCACAUUAACUUCGCCUCCUCCCAAGAUGAGCAGAUCACCGCCAUUGACAGGGACAUGUAUUUCGAGGAGAGUAAGUAUCUCCUGAGCACAAACUCCCAGAAAAGCAUCAACGGGCAGCUGUUCAAGUGUUCGGGACCCACCAUUGCUGAUGGGAAGGAUCAGAAGAGUGAGCCCCCAACGUCCCCGACCUCAAAAAGGAAAAGGGUAAAAUUUACCACCUUCACCACCAUCCCCUCGGAUGAAGGAUGCCCCGCCGUGAACUCCGUCCCGACCAGUGGUGAGGACACGGACUGGGUCUGCCGGGAUCUGGACCCUGGGGAAAGCAGGCAGCCACACCGCUACGCGGGAAGGUUACGUGAGGAUGUGUAAGCCGGGACACUCGCACACAUUGCUUCGCACUCAACUCCCAGCCUUUAAUUUGGUGACGGAGCGUAGCGACCGGACACAAUGAGGUCGUCCCUGUCCUCAGAGCCCCGGAAAAUGCCCCCGGCUCGCCUGGGGGUGGCCCCACGUCGGGACCCGUGCACACGUCCCACCAUACGGUGUCUUGGUCAAUGCCGAGAGGCUUACCGUGCAUGGCAGGAUUUUUAAAACUUGCAGGAAAAACCGAGUUCUGAAUCACUGAGCUUCCGAAAGGUUCUGGGAAUAAGCAGCCCCCCUCUGCCCACGGCCCUCUUUCUGUCUUUAAUCACAGCACUUUGGAGACUGUGAAGCCGUGUGGCUCCCGUGUGCGAUCGUGCAGACCGUGGAAGGCGACCAAGACUCCGCGGAAGCGUGUGCCUCGCUGGGAGGCGGCGUGUCGCUGGGGUCCGGACGCACAGCUGGCCGUGCGCGGGGUCGGGGGCAGAGGCCAGGGCGAGGCAGCUCCUGGGAGGCGUCACCGCGACGGAUUGUCUCCCAAAGCCCAGCCCGGCCCAACGACAGACCAGGGCGCUGCUGACGGGGACUGAAAGGGAGCACGUGGGCAGAGGGGCCACAAAUGUCUCUGUAACUGGAUGCGGAGAAGAAAGCGACAGACCCCUCGGAGCGGUCCGGGCGUUCCUUCCUUCGUAAGCUCGGCAUACAGGGCGUAGAAUGUCAGGCCGGUUCCAAGAACCAGGCUUUUUGGGGACGAGUUCACUGUGUUAGAAUCUGUACUCACCCCCCCACCCGGCCACCUUCCUGAAAGCCAUUGGUCACUCAUGGGCAGUGGGGGCCUUUCCGGCGUUCACGGCGUCCUUCUUCCCCCACGGCCGGUGUGUCAGCUCCAGGGGACAGUCUGCAGGGGCCCCGCCAGGCGAACAUCACGUGUCCUUCUCGAAGAGGCGGGUCUCCGCGGGCAAGUGGUUCUCACGGUGAACUCAACCCCAAGGGACGCUGGCUCCCCUGUUCCUCCGGAAACACGGGAGAGCUGUUCGCGGCAGCCCCGCGACGGCCACACCGGGCCUCCCGUCCGCGGCCCCAGAGACACGUGCAGGCGUCCCUGCGGGGUGUGGGGCCGGGGAGAGCCGGGGCAGGAGGCCCGUCCACACCCCUGCGCGGGCUUGGACACAUGGGGGGACCAAGGCGUCCGCGCGUGGGGUGCAGACAGAGACCCUGCUCAGCCCUGAGAGGUUUGCUGUGGCUUGAAUCUGAAGGACUCGGAAUGUCCCCCUCCCCUCCGUGGGAAGCCUAAGAACGGGGGGUGGGGGGGGGGGAUGAGCGGCUUCCGGCCCAGCUCCAGCUCCCGCCACA